UUCGAGCUUGCCCUCCGUAGAGAAAAGAAGAACUGAUAAUGUGAUACCACGGCGACUCUCUGCGCUGUGAAAGACAAACGAAACAUUAAUGACCGACCCACGUCUCCAACAUAUACCAUAUAUAGUAGUAUGUUUAGUUUGUUUGUCACUACGUCAACUGCAGUUAACCGUGCUAACAAUUCUUUUCCGAAAAAGGAAAAAACUAAUUCAUUAUCUAAGCAAUUUGCGUGUUUAUUAUAUUUACCAUUUAAUUCCCAUAAUUCUGGCAAUAUUUUUGCAUUAAUAAUUAUUAUUGCUUACAGGAAAUGUACAAAUCAUUUGAGACCUCUGAUACAUACAUGUACAAUGUACGCUAACAAAUGAAAUUACUCAGAACAACUGAUUUUUUUAUUGGUAAUUUUUGUACAGUAAUUGAAUUCGAGGAAGAAAACAAACUAAUGUUAAUCUCACACAUAAAAUCCAAUUUUUAACCCGAUAUUAAGCAGCUUCUCAGAAGCCAAUCGAAACUUCAAAGCUUAGUGCAGUUUUUGGUACAGAGCAUAGCAGUUGACAUAUAAAUAUACACUUGAAGGUCUAGAUUAUCGAGUCCUCAACGGUUGAGAAAUUUAAAUAAUUUAAAAUAUAACAAUUCACAUUGGCAACCUAGUUGACUUUGAAACGUUGCAGCGAACAUACUUACAGAUAUAGCCAAAAUUACAUUUCAUAAGUUUUCUGCUAUUUCCAUAAUGUCACACAUCCGAUGUCUUUGGGUGUGUCUGGGCUACUUAAUUAUUUUCGUCGACUUCAUUCAACCCGAUCGGAUGAAUGUUUGUCCACGUCGGCAGGUGGUUUCUUACACGAGAAAUGUCAACAAGAGUAGAUCGUUACCUUACCAGCAAUAUUCUUUCUGGAGCGGUUGGCAGACGAAAUACCGCACGGAGUAUUACACACAAAAUGAGAUUGCCCAUAAAACUGAAGUGAGAGAAAUUUGCUGUGACGGCUACGAGGGAUCCAUUCCGAACUGUCAACCUGUCUGCAGAGAGAAGUGCCCUGCACAUGGUUUCUGCUCAUCUCCCAAUACUUGCAGUUGCCACACGGGCUACGGCGGAUCCGACUGCCAACCAAUUUGUCCGGCGGGAUGCGGAAAAAACGAGAUUUGCGAUCAGCCCGGAGUCUGUAGCUGCCAAAAUGGCUACAAUCGAACUUCUAGCAGCGACAAUUGCCUUCCGGUUUGCCGAGAGGAAUGUGGACACCAUAGCUUUUGCUCGGAGCCCGGAAAAUGCAAAUGUGAGCCCGGGUACGAGAAAAUGGAAAGCGGCACCGCCUGUCAUGCCAUUUGUUCGCCCAAGUGUGGGGAAAACGCUCGAUGCACCAGCCCAGGAACCUGUUCCUGCGAUCCGGGAUAUCGUUUCCAGAACAACUCCCACCACGUUUGCGAUCCGAUUUGCGACAGUGGCUGCAGCAACGGAGACUGCGUGGCACCCAAUAUUUGUAUAUGCCACGACGGCUAUCAACCCAAUAACACAAAUCCUGUCACUUCCAUGUGUCAGCCCGUCUGCGAGUCCCAAACCACGACAGACUCCAACGAAUACAGCACCACGAGUGAAGAUUUCCAAACCUCAACUGCCGACCUGCACCCAUACUCCGAGGCCGAGGCAGUUUCUGAGAGAACUGAAUCGUCCCAGAAGUGGAUGAUUAUUAUGGGCUCCUGCGCUGGAAUGAUCCUUUGUGUGGCCGUCGCUAUUUUUGGUACGAAGUACUAUCGACGUUCAAUCUCUAGGCAAAAUGAUGAAGCCGAACCAGUCAUGUACAAAUGUGAUUUGGAAUAGAAAGCUAAAUUAUCCUUGCAAA